CUCAUGGAAUUCGCCGGAAUGAUUUCGAUCGCAUUUUAACUUUGUCUCAAAUUCGUUUCUCUUGAUAGGAAAAUCAAUUCAUAGUCUUAUGCUCCUGAAAUAUAAAAUUAAAAGACACGUGUGAAGCGUUGGACGUUAUCGAUAUCACGUCGCCGUUACCGAUACUCGAUGUCAAUAUGAAAAGUGAAAAGAGAAAGAAGAAAUUUAAGGCAUCAUUCAUUUUAAUAAGGAUUCGAAAGCGUCAACAAACAAUAUUUGACAAUGUUCAUACGAUUAUGGAAUACUGUCGAUGAUUAAUUUUGACAAACGAAGUCAAGCUCAUGAAAUAGAAUCUUAUUGCAUCAAGAUGCUGGAAUAUUGGAUGGCAAGCAACAAAAGUGACCUGAACGGGAGCAAUGUAACGAUCGAACAGGUCCUAGAAGAUCCAGGAUCAGUGGUUCUUUUCAUUGGUUAUCCACCGUGGCUUUUGUACUUUGCCGCUGGCUGUUGUAUUCUCUUUAUGCUCAUUGGCAUUCCAGGGAAUCUUAUCACCGUGGCUGCUCUCUUUCGUACCAAGAAGUUGAAGAACGCCACUGCGAUAUUCAUAAUGAAUUUAUCAUUUUCGGAUCUGCUGUUUUGUUGUUUCAAUCUACCACUCGCCACAUCGACUUUCUGGCAUGGAUAUUGGUUGCAUGGAGCACUGCUGUGUCGUCUAUUCCCACUGCUGAGAUACGGCCUCGUCGCUGUCAGUCUUUUUACCGUUCUAUCGAUCGCGAUUAAUCGUUACGUCAUGAUCGGACAUCCCAGGCUCUAUCCAAAACUUUACAAAUCGAAAUACUUGAUACCAAUGGUUUUGGCAACAUGGAUCCUCGGUUUCGGUUCUUUGAUCGUCACGUGGUUCGGUCACUGGGGUCGUUUUGGCUUAGAUCCUGCAAUAGGUUCGUGUUCGAUUCUUCCGGAUGUGCAUGGUCGAAAUCCGAAGGAGUUCCUUUUCGUAUUAGCAUUCUUGACUCCCUGCGUUGCAAUCGUAGUAUGUUACGCGAGAAUCUUUUACAUCGUCCGUAAGACAGCAUCGAAAAGUGGUAGACAAGAUAAAGUUUCUACCACGAUCGAUAUCGGCGACAGAAACCGCGAGCAACGAUCGGUCACACCGAGAUAUCAGGAGGAAGAAUUGUCCAUGCUUGGUUCGAGUUGCGUCGCGGCCGGACUUUGCGUUUCAUUUCCUUCUCGUCAAACGAAGGAAGAACAGACUUCGCGAAUUUUUAGCGGACAGACUUUCGAGGAAUCAUCUCUGGGAAAUCCACCCUCGUCCGAAGAGGACUCAUCGAGAAAUGAAGAAAACGAUUUGCAAGAGGUGAAUUCAAUAGUUCACGAACCUUCUGUACAGGAUAAGGACAGAUUAGCGUAUAAAGGCAUCGAGGACAUACCGUUCGCCGACGAUCGCGACGCAGACAUCGGCGAUACGAACAUAUUUCUGAGCACUGAUCCCAGAAAGUUCAAGGACUUUACUGAAAAACCAACUUUGAAUGCUAAGAAAAGACUCGAAAGAAUGGCAAGCCGUGCUUCUUUCGUGGUCGAGUCAACUCUUUGGAUCCAAAGAAUCACAGGAUCCGGGACGCGAUUGGAACGUUCCGAAACGUUCGCUAGUUCAAAAUCGAGUAACUCCGAUCGUCGUAUGAAAACAAAAGCUAAGGUAUUUCGACGAGAGUCGAAAUUCAAGAGCCUUGGUAGGUUUCGAAAUAUGGACAGUGGGCCAAGGAUGUCAAGGAAAGAUAAAAAACUUUUAAAGAUGAUACUUGUUAUCUUUUCAUCGUUUCUAAUCUGUUAUUUACCGAUUACCAUCACAAAACUUUUUAAAGAGGCCGACGAUUGGAGGGGCCUCAAUAUCGCUGGGUAUAUUCUUAUUUAUUUGACAACGUGCGUCAAUCCUGUCGUUUACGUUGUUAUGAGCUCCGAAUAUAGAAGUGCAUAUAAAAAUAUGUUACUCUGUAGGAACGAGUCUGUCUCUUCGGCAAAGAUGAAAAUUUCGCAUAGGAUUGUCAGAAAACAUUCUACGUGAACUUUAUGAAUUUAAUGAAAUUUACUUGAAGUGUAUGUGUGUGUGUCUGUAGUUGUGCAGUAUGACUCACGUUCGAAAACUCCUUGAAGUGCGAAGAGGUGUUAUAGUUUUACCACGAGUGUACCUUAAAUAAUUCGAUAAAAGAACUUACAGUGCGAAAUUAGAAGUAAAUACAAUUUAGUAAAAAAUAA